CACGUCUUGCAUCUACAUCUAUUUUCCCCGAUUCGGAUAAAUAAUUGCUAACUUACCACCGUUUCGGAUUCCUCGGGAUGCCUCUUUCGCUGCACCGCCGCGUCAUUGCCACUAUGGGCAGUGUGUGUAUAAGCCACCACUAGCGCCGAGGCUAACAAACGUCGACGCCCGCAAUCGAAAACUCUAUCUAUCAUAGUGAGCAGGUAAAAGCGUGGCGCAGCCCUGCUAGUGCCGAGUCAAUGGCAGAGUGGACAGAGUUUCGCCAAGACGACCGUUGACGCCGAUUCGUGCAAGGCCCAUUUCCCAAGGCUGUGCAGGCCUGCGAAUGGACUGACGCAUGUUUGCUUAGCACCAAGAGGAUUAUGGCGCGAUGUUUGUGAAGGGACGCGCAGCCACUCUUGGCGUGGAGAGAUCGCGGGGAGUUGUUUGUCUAUAUAAGGGCGAUGGGUUCUGCCACUUGGAUGAAGUCGGAUUGUUUUAGAACAUCUACUUGUUUGCUACUCAUAUCUGUCUACCUCUACUGCAAACGCAAUAUCUUUUCCUACUAUUAUUGCUUUCUACUUCUACUACAAUCACACAAAUAAUGGCCUCUGACAACAACGUCCGCGUUACCUUCAAGGGCUCCGAGAGCCGCUCAUCGUCCCCCCAAGAGCCUGGCUCUCCCAAGAAGAAGUUCCAGAUUGAUGCUGCCCGCCACACGCCGUCGGAAGCCGCGCAGUUUCUUGGUCCCCCUACCGUCGAGCACGGAUAUCCCCAGGACAGCAAGCAUCGCCGCCACUCGAUGACUGAGCAGGAACGCCAUAUGCUCCGAUAAUACUCAGGAGAUUGUUGUUGCUUUUUUACUUUUUCAUCUUUAUACUUUGUACUAUUAUGAUGUCUAGCGCGCAACGAAAUAUAGAGUUCAAUUGAAACGACUGUCCAUUCUU